AUGCACCGAAGAAAGUCUAGUUUUAUUGUGGCCGUACCGCAGAAGGCGUGGUGGUCGUAUGUUUGGUUGGUUAAAUAUGUGGCCGCCAAAUUGUCGGCGAUUCCCUUGCAAUUCUUCAUUUCAGGAAUAGCCAAUUAUGUUGAUGCGAAUAUUACAAGCAUUGACAUUUUAAUUGAGGAUUUGGGUCGAUUCAAUAUGAAAGGGAUAACUUUGGGAAUGAUUUUUUAUGCAAAGGACAUUGAAGUAAAACAAUAUGAUAAAGUUCCAAAUCAGUGGCAAUUCCAGAAUUCUCAAAGACACUCAAUUAGAAAUCACCGUCACGUUUUCUUAAGUAAACUUCUCACCAUCAAUUUCUCUUUUUCUGAAUUAAAGGUUCAUGAUAUCGCAUCUAUUAAUAGUUCUUUGAAUACAAGUCAACAUAAGGAAAAUAAAAAAUACCUAAUACCGGCGAUUUCGUUAAAUUCCCCCACUGUAAUAAUUCUAUCGUGCCAUCUUUCUCCUGCAUGUACUUCUCUGAUAGCCUUUGAAGCUGAUCUAAUGCUUGAUGAAAUCAGUGUGGGCAUAGAUUCCAUCCUUCUUUUGCUUAAUUCAGUGAAAUCUUCUAUGCCCAAGAAAGCGACCAGAGGUCCUCAAACCCAAUCACAAAAUCACAAUCCUCAAAAUUCUAGGUUUCCCCUACCUCUAGUAAACUUUGUCGGUUCUUCAAUAAAUCGCAAAGCGAGAGCAUCGCAGAAGAAGAAAAAGAUAUUUCUCGAGUUUCUCAAGGAUGUUGCUUUCCGUGUUCGCGGUAUUAAAGUGGAGUAUAAAUUUACCAAUUUUGAUGUUAUCCAUUCUGGCGAAUCUCAUUCUUUACAAAGAGCUCUAUUCUCAAUGACGGAUCUUUCAGUAUCACUAAAACAAAUUAAAGAUCAGGGAGCUGAGGAAAUAGUGAAGUCACUUGAAUUUAAGCUUGAAUUUUCGAUAGAUAGUAUAUAUGGGGAUGUAAUUGAUAAGAAAGGAGUAAUUGGAUCGAUGGAGGUUGACAAGAUUGCGAGCGCUAUUAACUGUUCGAAGCCACUCUCCUGGACCGAAGAAUAUGAUCCAAAUUCUUUGUCCGUGACUGGAACAUUGGACAUUAUUUCUCCUGAAAUAGUUUUCGCAUUCGACCGUCUUGAUGUGGUCGACAAAUUUCUUGAUGACUUAAAUGUGAAAAAUGAUUCGGAUGAAUGUAUUACCCCUCUGAAAGCCACUCCCAGCUCAUCUGACUUUGGGGAAGAGGAAAGAAUAUGGAAUGUUCCAAAGAUAAUAUCCACUGUAUCCGUGAUUAGUCCACAGAUAAAAAUAACUGGAGUUUCAUCCUCUGAAGAAUAUAAAUCGCUUUCAUUCGGAUUUCAGAAUAUUCUGUUUGACGUAAAUGGCGAUUAUGUGGAAUGCCCCGAAUCAAAUUAUUUGCACGAAGCCAGGAAAGAAUCUGCGACGUCGCGAAGGUAUAACAGAGAUUCAUCACCUUCAGAUUUCUCGUUCAUGUAUAAUUUAAUCGCGAGUCUGAAAACGAGGAAGAUGAGGUUAUACACAAUGGAGUCGGAUCUAAUCCAUAAUCAUUCUUGGGAAGUAAAUUUUGCUUCAUCAGCAUUGGGUAAUAUCUCGGGUUAUAUAGAUCAGGACGAAUCAACAUCAUUUGCUGCGUCGUUGGAGUUAGAAACGACCAAGAUGGAUUUCAGCUGGUUGUUUGACGUAUUUGACAUAAAUAUUUACAGCAAGAACACUUUCGGAAUAUUACAAAAAAUCACAAAUGUCAUUUCGAACAGAAGUUUGAAAAAGAUGGGAACAAAAGAUCGUUACCCUGAACAUUCCGUUAUAUUGACUCAUCCAUCACCUGGGAACUCUCAGUAUUUGCCAAUUUUUCUCGAAUCUCUGCUGGUCCAUGUCUCUCUCACCUCAAUAAGAAUCAGAAUAGUCGAAACCGAUCCGUACAUCGAUCCUUCAACGUCGAGAGGCAUCGACGUGCAAUUUCAAGGAAUUGCAUUGAAUUACAACGGUGCCAAUGCUUCAAUUGAACACAAACAGUACGUCAAUGAAAGGAUCAGACUUGGCCUUGCAGCUCACGACGACAAUAUCCAGUGUGAAAAUGGAGGCGUGAUUCAUGGGUUUAUUAAGGAUUUUAAAGUAACGCCGAUAUUGGCGCUUUGGGAUCCAGAACUGCGUGAAAACACGGCUCCAUUACUGUGGAUUCCAGAGGUCGAUGUUAAUGGAAACCUGGGUGUCGAGUAUAUAGAUGGGGGCUGCAGUUUCCCGAUAAAAUUCAACGUCAAAGUCUCCAAGAUUAAUGUCACCUAUUCUCUGCUUUAUCAUUAUUGUUGCUUGGUCGGAGUGAUGAAUCUGGUUAAGUUAAUACCACCGCCGAGUGACCAUGCCUUGAAAAAUGUUUCGCAAUCAAAAUAUUCGAGUGAAAAGAAUAUAAGGUUGAUAGAGGCGGAUGUCCUAGUUAACCAUACAAAUAUUUCGGUUGAACUUCCGGAGAAUAUAAAAUUAUUUACAAGAGUUGAUGGUUUGAAAUAUAGAUUUACAUCUCCCGAGGAUCACGGUGUUCGCAUCAAAGUGCUGAGAAUUUAUGGAACCAGUGCUCUCGAGGAGGGGCUAUGGGAUGAACUGGUGGACGUGGAGAACGCAAGAAUUUUGUUGAUGGAUGAUGAUACCAGGAGAGACUCAAAAGCAAAACUUCCAAUCGCCGGAAAAAUGAUUCGGGUGCAAGCCGAUGCAGUCCACGCCCGUAUCCCCUACAAAUACGUCUUAGCCGAUGUCACCGACAACGCGGCCAACAUGGCCAAGUCCAUAAAGCAAUUACAACAACGUAUUUUCAAGCCUGAUGAUUUAUCUGUAUUGGAUCCUGAGGAAGAAGGGCCUAAGAUUUUACCGACAAUCCAGUUGAAAGUUGCCAUCGUGACUUUUCGUUUGGAGGACGAUCCAUUUGAGGGAAAGCUAUCGACAAUAUGGAAACUUGGUUGCCUCGAGCAACGAGAAAGGCUGGAAAGAGAAGUUGCAUUUGAAGAUAAAGUAAAUGCUAUCAGAUCGCACGUGAAUCCUUCUGACGAAGCGAAUGAAAAAGGUUUAAUUGUAGAGGAUUAUUCGUCGAGGGAUGGCGGACAAAGCGUGUCACAUGGAAAAGGAACGCCAGACCGGCAUUCCAAGAAACCACGAUACAAUAGGUUCCGUCCUCAGCCUUCACCUCAAGCAAAUAUUUCAAUUGAUGAAGCACGAACUCGUUUGGACAUGUACAAUUCAAGAAGUUGGAUCAAGUGCAUCAAAGCAGCUCGUGCUGCAAAACCCAAGUUCCGGAACAAUAUUGACGAGACUCAAAAAGGAUUACCUAUUUCGGUAACAAAACCUUCGCGACAUCCGGCUUUGCUCAGGGUCACUGUGGAAAAACUUUUGCUGACAUUAUCAGGUCCUUCGUUUCCUAUCAAUGAAUUGCCUCAGUAUUUGAAUACAAUAGGGAAGGGGUUGCCUCUAGAUACCAAAUUUACGCUUCUGGUACCAAUACACUUGAAUUGCAAAUUUAAGGAGGUAUGGGCGGAGAUUCGUGAUUAUCCGUUACCGUUGGCAUGCAUUCCUUCUGCUGAUUUGUUCAACGGUAAACGUCCAUAUUCUUGUACGAUAGAGGGAGAUUUGGUUAUCGGAGAGGAGUUGCAAGGAAAGGAAUCGGUGAAAAAAGCGAUCGUUAAGAUCAUGUCUCCUCACAGAUGUGGCGACGCUUUGUAUGAAAUUGUCGUUCCACGAACGAUUUCACCUGUCAAAAUAUACUCUGACCUUCACAUCGACGUAAACACCUCAAAACCGAUGAUUGUUUCGUGGGGUAUGUUUAUGCAGCCUGCACUGCAGCAUGUUGCAAAGAUUUUUGAAAGUUUUACCAAGCCGAACCCUGACCCUUCAGAGGUCAUUGGUUUUUGGGAUAAAAUGAGACUCAUGAUGCACGUUAGAGUUCUCAUGGAUUUCAGGGGUGAAGGGAACGUGCAGUUCUUCGCAAAGGGCACUCGCGAUCCCUAUCUUAUCACUGGAAAAGGGGCAGGAUUUGUCCUAUGCUGGAGAAAGGAUGUUGAGAUAAGGCUUGGAUAUGCAAAUGAUCAGAAUGAAGUUUUACAAGUUGAUAGCGAAGAAUUCGCCUUGGCGAUUCCAAACCUGAAUGUCGUUAUAGCCAAUGGUAGCUUGUCCCCUGAUAACGUCAAAUCGGAAGUUCAAGCCUCGUGCUCCAGUGGUGUUGCUAACUCGGAUGCAAGUACAAUAAAAACGCAAAGCUCCGAGAGCACGUUGGUUUCCGAUGAUCCAAAUUAUCUAUUUCUUAAGUGCAUCAUGAAACUUUGUGGAGGAGUCAGAUACGGUAUGGGUUGUCACUUUGAUCGAAGCUGUCGUCAAAAUCGAGGCGUGUGCGGAAAGUGUGAUGGAAAGGGAAAAUGCCGUUAUGAGGAUUUUAUUCCACAUUACAAGAUUAUCACUAGAAUGCCUGAAUACGCCAUUGCACCUGAGGGAGAGGUAUAUGAUUCUUUUAAGAACUUUCGAUCGGACAUUAUCCAUCUUUCCAUAAGCCUCACGUGCCCUCUUGAGUGGAAUGGAUCGGUUGACAUAAGCAAUGAAGAACUGUACAAUUUAAGAAAUUCUAUAAACGUUAGUCCCAAGUCGCUUCAGCACGGUUUAGCCUGGGCGUCACUUUUUGAUCCAGCAAUGUCAAUACCAAUUCGUCAGGGUGCACUGUUUCCCUCUCUCGAAUCUCCAUCGCCAAAACUCGGCAAGUUUUUGCAAUCCAUCAAAGUUAAAAUCUGCGUAGGGACAUUGUUUAUCAGUAAUUUCUAUCGGGAAAGUUCUUUUCAUAAUCCCUUUAAUGGCACGACAAAUAUUCUGGGAAUAAAAUCAAAAAUAGGAAGUUUCAUACACGACUUCCAUUUCAGGAUGCAAGAAAACACAAUUGUUUUAGACGGAAAGGAAGUAAAAAGUCGGGAUUUCGUAUUGCACGAGGCUGAGAUAGAACUAAAGAAUUUGGAUGUACGUGGUAUCGCCGUUCGGUAUGUGGAUGAAGGUGCAUUUACGAGUUAUGAUGAGGAUGGUGAGUUUUCGCUAGGCGAGGACAAGGAUUUCUCGAUGAAUCACAUUGAAGAUAAGCUGUGGAUUGACGAGGAUGAUUAUAUGGAGUUGGAUUGCGUGUUACCCGAAGUCAAACCUGGUGUGAGAGUUUUGCCCUUGUUGAGAAGUCCGCAAUUGAAUUAUUAUAAACGACCUGACAAACAGGAGACUGCGGAGGAAAAAAAAUUUGAUCAAGGAACUCAUGUUUGCCUUAUGGGUCAUGCACGAGAGACGAAGAAAGUCCAAUUAGAUUUUCUAACUGAUAGGCUGGCUCGAAUUAGACAGAAUAUUGAACAUCAGAAUAAAUUACUAGCGGAUAUUAGGGAAAAAAUAGUUGAUGAUCCGGAAAACCAAGAUCUGCAGGAAGAAUUUCAGAACGUUCAAGAGGCCAUCACCACACUGUCCGACAGGUGGAAUCUGAUACUAGGUUAUAGGCUGGAGGAAAAUUCAGAGUCUAUUGACUCUAAAGAAGGGAUUGGAUUGGACGAACAGAGCGAGGAGGACCCCGAGAACUCGCAUAAAUUUUUUGAACAUCGUUUUGUGAUUUACAACGCGGAGGCCUUAUGGAACAAUUCUCUGCGUAACUUAAUCUAUAGGCUAUGGAACCUUGUAGAAAGAAAUCAAGGACUUACCUAUUACAUGUCGAUGAAUGCCGUCAAGUUUAUUCGAGAUAUGCAAAAGGAUAUUCUCCGGAAAAUAGAAAAGGAAAAGCUCGAAAGAUCACUACAAAACAAUUCAGAAUCGACGGAGAGCGGGAUAGAUGAUUACAACUUUGAUGCAAGUAUGGCCGCGGAAAUGUUGCGAAAGCUUGAUGGAGAAAAGGCGGUCAAUUUUGUUGUACCAGAUGAAACAAUUAAGCCUAACAAGCCCGUCCAGAAUUCAACGAGAGAGGAGGGCAAAAAUAUUCACGACGACAUUCCAGAAGGCUAUUCGCUCUGGAAAAAAUACAUUGUCCAGCUUAUAAAUCCGCAGAUCAAUUUCCAAUGCGACAAAAACCCUCAUUCUAGUGUUACAAUGUGUAUGGAACGGGCCCAGUUGAAAAUAUUUUCCGUUCUUGAAGAUUGGUCAGAAGGUGAUUUUAUCAACGAAGUGGUCAAAACCAGGACCUUCUUUGGAUUGGACAAUGCACAAUUCUUUACUAGCACAAAGGAAGACUUUAGUAGCGAUUUUUCGAGAAUUCUUUCUGCCAAUAAUUACGGUUCCAAAGGCGGAGAGAAUUGGCCCGUCUGGGUUCCAAUUGAAGCGCUUAUCAAUAAUUCAAGUGCAUUUCCUUUCCAAAGAAUCGUAAAACAUACAUCUGCUACGAUGCAAUAUGAUAAAUUUAAUAAUUUACGUAUAAAGGGUAGCAAUAAUGAUAAGGAUGAAUCCGACCAAGGACUGGAGAAGACUGGAAUGGAGGACUUGGAGCAAGAUGAUUUUCACAAAAGAAUGGAUUUGUGGUACAUAGAUUUUCCAAUCAUCAAAUUAUCUGCAACAUCGGAUCAGUAUUGUAUCUUGUUUGAUGUGGUCACCAACCUUCUCUCGUAUCGUGAGCCUGCCCAAAAAGAGCGUUCGGAACGAUUAAACGCAAUCCUUCUUGCAGCAGACCUGGAUAAUCUCGAUGGUGCAGCCGAAAGGGUAUUGUCAUUGCAAGAGCAUAUUCGCCAAUUGGACGAAUUAAGAAAUCGAUUCAAAAUAUCCCAUGAAAAGUUUGAUGAAGAUAGCAUAGAAGAGCUUUGGUCUGUCGAUUUAGAGCUCGCAGAAUUACAGGAAGAACUAUUCACUGUUGACGAAGUUGCGUGGAUCAUGCAGAACAGCGACCGAGUUUCGUUUUGUGAAUGGGCAUUGAAGAAUGCGCAUUUUGCUUGGAUGACAAAGGAAGAAAAUUCAAAUAUGUAUAUUUUAGAGAUAGACCAUGUUCUUGUAAAAAAUAAACUUCCAUCACCCGUUUUCAAAGAAUUAAUAUGUCCCUAUAUUGUUGAUCCUCUGCGUCCCGUUGAUUUUAGUCGUCACAAGAUGAUACGAGUUUAUUGGAGUCAGUUGGAACCAGUCGCUGGAAUCGAUAUUGUUGAACAUUUUGAGGUCAACAUGCUUCCUCUCAAAUUCCAAAUGCAGUACGAUGUUGGUAAACUCAUUAUGAUGUAUAUAUUUCCGGAGAAGAAGAGAGCUUACAUAGAUGAGUCCGGAGAAGGGAUGAUGGAGAACGCUCGGAAUGGUCGUGGCUCCGCUAAAAGAAUAUCAAAUGAAUCUUCAGAAAAGAUUGCCAAAAGUGCACGAGAAACUGGUCACGAAGAAACUGGUGAGACUCCGGAAUCUUCAAGUGAAGCCGACACUUUGGAUGAUGGGUCCUCACAUAAUUUAACAGUUCAGACGUCUUCGAAGAAACAUUUUAUAAAACCAGUAAUCGAUCACAACACAGAGCAGUCAUACGAAUUAGAGUUAAUGAAGAUCCGAGCAUCCCAGAACCGGACCUUUAUCUAUAUAAAAGUACCAGGAGUGAUGCAUAGUUUCAGUUAUCAGGGUGCAAAAGAAAAAAACCUGGAAGAUUUGUAUGAUUUUGUAAUUCAUAUGCCCACAUUAGAAUACCGCAAUAAGACGUGGUCAUGGCUGGAUUUCCUAGAACAACUGAAGAAAGAUGCCCUACGCACUAUUCUAUUACACUCUCCUGCAUUACUCAAAGAAAAAUUUAUAACAUCAAGACGUGUGCGACCGAUAAUAUCCACAAACGUGACACCAGACAUUAUGAUGGAUUCGCCAAUAUCGAUGGUUUCUGAAUCAACGAAUCAAUUCGUUCCUAAUUCUGAAGACGACUCGGAAUUGUCAGGUGGCAAAGCAUUAAUUGACAGCGACAUGAUGAAAGAGAAAAAGAGAAAAUUGAGGGAAUCAAUAAGAAUAAAGUAA